CUGUGCUAUAGUACAGGGAUUUUGACCAAAUUUUGUCAAAACUAAAAAGUAGAGAAUUUUUCAACCAAUUAACCCACAAUUAGCUAACAAGUAAUAAAGACAUAGUCUGUUUAUAGUUUGUUUUGGCUGACACUUAAAGGAAUCACUGCAUCACAAAAAAUUAUAAAUAAUUUAGAUCUAACAGCUAAUCUUUAGUAUAAACGCAGCGUGAGAGAUGGCAGUCACUGAAUCACUAAUAUUAAUAAUAAUAUCUUCUUGCUUUCUAGUCCUAACUAAAGCUCAAACGUGUAAAUAUGAUGGAGAAGUCCAGUUAUCUGGAAUGGGCUUCAAUACUCCUGACAAAGGGAUUCUUUUUGUUUGUAAAAAUAAUAAAAAACAUUCUUUAUGCUCCACUGAACAUGACAAUAAUAAUGCACAAGCUGCUUGCAGACAACUUGGAUUCAUCGAAGGGAGAGUCGUUGAGUCUAAACGGAUAAAAUCAGGUAAAACCUUUUCCCCUCUCAUAUUCUUUUGCACUGGGACUGAGGACAGGAUGGCUAAUGGUGGCUGCCGAAAUGCAACUUUAAAUAAUUGUGAAUCAAAUCGAAAUUUUAUAAUACAGUGCUACAGCAGAUUCAUUUCUUUUCUAUCCUUUGAAAGUGAAACAGAUGCUAAUGAAGCCAAUCACAGCUUUGAGUUGCCUUUUCCAAUUCAAAUUGGAAAUUCAAACGUAUCAACAGCACGUAUAUAUAAUCAUGGAUUGAUAUCAUUUGGUGACUACCUUUUACAACCCAGUGAUCCAAACAUUGAUUCAUACAUUACGCUCCUUCCAUUCUUCUCUUGGGGCCAUCGGCUAACAUUUGGAGGAGCCCUUUACCAUACAGACGUAGAGUCAUACCCUUUCACAAUAGUCAAUAGGUUUAUUAGUAAUUCUACUGGAGAAAUGUUUGCUGCUUCAUUAAUACUGGUAGGACAGUGGAGAGGUGACUCGGGAUUAGAAUUUCAAGCAAUAGUUGCCAGCAAUGAGACGACUACUCGUGUCAUUUUUACUUACCUGUGUGUGUCUAAGUUGAUACCUCAAAAAGCUGAUAUUGGAUUCAAUGUGCCAAAUUAUGAGUCAAAGCAUUUCAGAUAUUCUGACACUCCUUAUUCGCGUCAAAUCGGCUGCAUAAACAAGCCAGUUGAUGUGGACUAUUUCAAUCUACUGUACACUCUAACUGAGAGAACUAGUAAUGGCUCUCAAGGUGUGAAUCCAGUAAGAAUGUCAAACUGUAGUGAAGUGGGACUUCUUAGCGGCUGUUGCAGGCCAUUUCAAGAUCCGACUAAGUCAUGUCGAUCAAGAGGCGGUUGCUACUGUGACUCAUUAUGCUACAGGUAUAAUGACUGUUGCCCUGACGUUGGGAGAGAAGGACUUGAGAAACCAUGUCUACCAGUGUGUGAGAAUGGAACUGUCAAUAAAGAAGGCAACACUUAUUUUAACUCAGGAGUGUCCAGUAUAUGCGUCAAUGGAAUGCAGAGGUAUAUAGCCAGAAUGAAUGGUGGCGCUACUUUUCCAUCAAGAGGAGUGUUUUGCCAGCAGAUAAGAGAUCAAAUAAACGGAUCAACUAAUUUGGAGCGUCUAUCAGAGCAAACUUUAUCACAAUUUUUUGUUGAUCGAGACAACUUGAACUGUAAUGGUUUUGAGAAAACAAUAGCCCAGUGUCCUUUUCAAGAAUUACAGCCAAGACUUAGUCGUGAAGCAGCUGCCCUCAAGUGUCCAUCUUUAGAUACUGAGAGAUGCACGAAUGGUGAAGUUAUGUUAGAAGAUAGUACAAGUUCUUCAAAAGGUUUUCUACACAUUUGUGUCCUGAACAAAUGGAGAGCUGUUUGUACCAGUAUUCAAGUUAAUGCUGCUAGAGUAGUCUGUUCCCAUUUAUCAGGACACAAUAGCAAUAAUGCAGUAACAGUACAAACUUUACCAGUCAAUCAGCAGCCACCUGGCAUCACUUCAUUCAGCUGCAUCUCUUCUGCUACAUCACUCGCCAACUGUUCUUUUACAUUUGAUGAUUGUCAGCAACCAUUCGUUCAGGCUCGUAUUGACUGCAAUGAUCCCUCGGCUUCAAACAGACCCCCUCCUCCUACUCUGUCUGCUUCAACAAGGCGCCCUACGAUUAUGCCGUCUACUCCAAGUAUUUCUUCCUUGCUUCCAAGUCUUAGACCAACUGGUACUAGUAGUGAUGGUAAUGGAGAUCUUGUUGAAGUGGUAGGAUACAUUCUAGGGACUUUAGCUGGUGCAGUUAUCAUCAUAGUGGUUACUAUUUGUUUAUUUAUUGUUAUCAUGAAGAGGCAGAAUAAGAGAGAUCAGCAGCAGCUUGAACUGAAUGAGAUGAAUGAAAGUACUCUCCGAUAUGUUCGCAACUUUGUAAAGAUGACAUCCUCUGAUAAACUAUUCACAAGAGUUGAAACAAGCUUAAAACUAUUGGAAGAUUUCAAUUCAGCAGGUCUUAUCAUAGACAAUACUUCUCUAAGACUGUUAGACAGCAUUGGCCAAGGAGAGUUUGGGUUAGUGUAUAAAGCUCAUCUCUUUGAUGAUCAAGGAGCUCCUAUUGAUGUAGCUGUCAAAACACUAAAAGGGACGUAUGAUCAAAAUGAUAUCAAUAACCUUCUUUUGGAGAGUUUGAAAAUGAAAGAGCUGUCACAUCAGAAUGUGAUGAGUAUCAUUGGUGUCUGUCUGGAUGCUGGAACUGCUCCCUUCAUCAUACUACCAUACAUGUCAGGUGGCAGUCUGCAUUCUUAUCUGCAAAGGAACAGAAACUCAAUAAUUCUAACAGAUGAUGCAAUAGAUCCAGAGCAGAAGGUGGGGAUUCAACUUACAUCAAUCUGCCUCCAGAUAGCUAAAGGUAUGCAGUACAUAAGCUCAAAAGGUAUCAUACACAGAGACUUGGCAGCAAGGAACUGCAUGCUUGAUCAUAAUGGAAUUAUUAAAGUGGCUGAUUUUGGUUUGUCAAAGAGUCUCUACGAGAAAUUGUACUACAAGCAAGAGAAGGAUGAAACUGUCAAGCUGCCUGUGAAAUGGAUGGCAAUUGAAAGCAUCAAUGAUGGAAUAUUUUCUGAAAAAUCAGACGUUUGGUCCUUUGGAGUGACGUGUUGGGAGGUGUACAGUGGAGGUAAGGUCCCUUAUGGUGGGCUGAGUCCUAUGAGUAUACCCAAACUACUGGAGGAAGGACACAGGAUGAACAAACCAAACAAUAAUGCCUGCUGUGACAAUAUGUAUAAUGAAAUGAUGCUUCAGUGUUGGAAUGCAUCCCCUGAAGAGAGGCCAAGCUUUCUUAACCUGCUACAAAAGAUUGAGAGGAUUUUGAUGUCAAUGGCCAACUAUCUGGACAUUAAUCAAAUGUUCACUUUACAAGAAGAAGAAAGCACCGAAGCUUGAGUAUCAUGAAUAUUUGAAUGGUGACUCUUUGCAACAAGUGUUUUUAAUAUUGUGUGUAUGUUGUUUUGAAUCAAAAUUGAUUGGCACAAGAUCUAA